AUGAGCACCGACGUGCUGCCCCCAACUCCCAAGUCGCCUGGCGUCGGCGCGCGCCGCAAGGGCAAUAAACAACAUCCAACCCUCCCGCUCUCCGCCUUCACGCCACCCAACACUGGCACGUCCGAGAGGUUCCCCAUCGCUCCCAGCCCAAGCACACUCCAGCCAGAAGACAUCAUUGAUGCCCAUGUCAUCAACGCGUCGGGAGACCUCUCGCUUUGGAAGUCAGAAACUGGCCAGACCAUAGGCGGGCGCGUCCGGGGAAUCGUCCUCUCCUUGCACGGCGCACAAGAGUCAGAUAUCGAGAAGCUGGUUCAAGACGUCGCCUCCGCCCCCUCCUCCACGCCCAUCCUAGCAAUCGCUGUGCCCUUCAAGCUCGAGGAUGGUGCCCCCACGUCGCCACCGUCAUAUCUCGCCGUGGGAGGCUCAUCAAAACCAACGAUCGUGCUCACUUCGGCCUUCACGAAACCCUCACCAGCCGCCAUUGAGGCGCUCGCGUGGGCCCUAACGCAGAAUUUCGUGGUCAACAUCGACGUACAAAGUGAUCUUCACCAGGACGGCGGAUGGGAGGCCCUCGAGGACCUUCUCACGAAGGCGACCGCAAGCUCAGAACUCAAGGGCAGAAUCAUUCUCUCCAACAUCCUCCCGCCACCUGACGACCUGACACUGCCCAUCGUCAAACUCCUCACGCACCACACGUACCGCAGCUACCAGAGCCACACCGCGUCCCUCUCGCUCUUCGCCAACCUCUACGUCAACUUCCUCCCCCCCGCCUGGGGCGAGCCCACCCCAAAGACGCCUGCGCCCCCGGCGUCGGAGAAGAACGAGUGGAAGCGCCGGAUCAAGAUGUACAUCGGCCACGCGAUCGAGGCGUUCGGCUUCCAGCGCAUCCUCUUCGGCUCGUCCCCCGCCGCGCUGCUGUCGGGCAGCUCGCCCGCGACCAACGCCGGGGACUGGUUCGAGCUCGCGCGCGAGUCGUUCGCGGAGCUCGGCAUCGAGCAGGACGCGAUCGACGCCGUCUUCGGGCAGAACGCGCGGCUCGUGUACGCCGCCCACGGCGAGAGCUCAUAG